UAAUUACCGCCGUUAUCGGGAUAAAUUUGAUAACUCUAUCUUAAGCCUAAACUAAAGACUCUGGAUGAGUGUAACAUAUUAUUAGCAUAAACAUAUUAGAAAGCAAGAUGGCUGACGCAUAGUCGCACGGUGUGCUUCACUCCCACAAAGACUGCUAUCUAUGCUACUCAAAGAGGACCCAUUGGUGUGGACUGAACAUUACUUGAUGAUUAACUAAUCCAACAUUUCCUGGCAGAACCUACGCUGAAACAUGCCUCCUAAAUCCGCGUCAAGAAAAGGCAAACAGGAAACACUCGAUCCAGCACCUGUUGAAGACAGCGGUACUUUGACUUUGGCGUCUAUAGCAGGCCUCCUGGAGGAAAAUCGCCGUGCCCUCUCAGCUGACUUUAAAGAAACGCUAGCGAAGCUUGAACACAAGCUAGACAGCAUUAAUGCUACUGUUACUGAUCACUCGGCGAAGAUUGGCGAUCUCGAAACAAACGCCACCUUACAGGAUUCACGUCUGACAGCUCUGGAAGCCACAUGUGCCAUGCUGAGUGACAGCAACGCUAAGCUACUAGCAAAAGUCACUGAUCUAGAAGCCCGCAGUCGUCGGAACAACAUCAGGGUGCUGGGCUUACCCGAAUCCAUCGAGGGACAGCUGCAGCCGACCGUCUUUUUUUCCAAGAUGCUAGCCGAUGUGUUCGGAGGCGUACUGAAUAAUACUCCGCCUGAGUGCGACAGGGCCCAUCGUACCUUCUCCGCUAAACCCCAGCCCGGGCAGAGACCCCGACCUGUCAUCAUUCGGCUCCACAAGUAUCAGGUGAAGGACAAGAUCAUCCGAGAAGCCCGAGCCAAAAGAGGCUUUUCAUCAAACCGAAGGAAGGAGCUGGCAAAGGACUACGGGCCCGUGUACAGCUUGAGGCGAGGCGGCGAAAGGAUAGUGUUCGUUUCGGGGUACCGCAUGGUCAAAGAGGCACUCGUCAACCAACUGGACAGCUUCGUGGACCGGCCCAGCGUGCCGCUCUUCGAUGGCAUUUUCAAGGGCAUCGGGGUGGCGUUGAGCAAUGGUUACCCAUGGAAAAAGCACAGGAGGUUUGUUGUCAGCCACCUGCGCUACUUUGGAGAAGGCCAGCAGUCUCUGGAGAACUACAUUCGAGUGGAAUGCGGCUACCUGUGCGAGGCUUUCAAAGAGGAGCAAGGUAAGCCUUUCAACCCUCAUUUCACGCUGACCAAUGCAGUGGGCAACGUCAUUGCUUCGGUGCUGUUCGGGCACCGCUUUGAGUACAAUGACGGAAACUUCCGAAGGUUUCUCGAGUUGGACAACGAUGCUAUCGUGCUCGCAGGCUCACAAAUUGCACAGCUCUACAACGUCUUCCCCUCACUAAUGAAGCGUUUACCGGGUCCACACCAAACGGUCAUUGGCAAUUACAAAGAGAUUGAGCUCUUCCUAGCAGACGAAGUGCGGAAGCAUCAAGAGGAGUGGAACCCUGAGCAACCAAGAGACUUCAUUGACGUGUACCUUUCGGAGAUAGACAAGCUUAAGGAAGACCCCUUGGCCGGUUUCAACAUUGAAAGUCUGAAUGUAUCCAUUCUUGAUCUCUUUGAGGCCGGAACAGAAUCGACGGCCACUACCUUGCGCUGGGCUAUUGUGUACAUGAUGCACUAUCCAGAUAUCCAAAAGAAAGUCCAGACGGAGAUUGAUAACGUGAUCGGACAAUCUCGUCCACCCGCCUUGGCUGACAGACCCAACAUGCACUACACUGAAGCCGUCAUCUACGAGACGCAGAGGAUUGGCAACAUCUUGCCUUUGGGAUUCCCCAAAAUGGCCAAUAAGGAGGCCACACUUGGAGGAUACAUCAUACCAAAGGGUACAGCCAUAGUCACUGAUCUAGCAUCCGUGCUUUUUGACAAAAACGAGUGGGAGACCCCGGGCAUGUUCAACCCUCAACACUUCCUGGAUUCAGAAGGCCACUUCCGUAGAAGAAACGCCUUUCUGCCCUUUUCUGCAGGCAAGCGGGCGUGUUUGGGUGAGCAACUGGCACGCAUGGAACUUUUCCUGUUCUUCACGGCGCUCCUGCAACGCUUCACUUUCACCGCCGUACCUGGAGAAAUGCCGAGCCUGGAGGCAGUUCAGGGUUUCACGCAGUCGCCAAAAGAGUUUCGCUUCCUUGCCGUACCUCGCUGAACUCACACUUAUUUCCAAUGUUAUGAUUUGACUUAGA